AUGAGGAGUAAAGCUUUAGAUUUUUUCUGCAUCUUAACUGCCAAUGUUCACAUCACUGUUAUGGACAACAAUGACAAUGCUCCCAUCUUCUCCCAACCAACCUAUGAUGUCACUAUUUCUGAAGACACGCCACCUGACACUGAGGUGGUCCAGGUUCUAGCAUCAGACCGCGAUGAGCAUCACCAGCUGACCUUCUUGCUGCAGAGCUCCAUAGACCCCAGUAGCAUGCGUUUGUUCCGCAUACACCCGACCCUGGGGACAAUCUACACUGCCCAGAGGCUGGACCACGAAGCCUGUGCCCAUCACAUCCUUACUGUCAUUGUUAAGGACCAAGAGUUCCCAUACAGAAAGAACCUAGCUCGUGUGCUUAUAGAAGUGGAAGAUAUAAAUGACCAUGUUCCCAUCUUCACUAAUGCUCUGUACGAAGGUUCUGUCUAUGAGUCAGCAGCAAUGGGAUCAGCUGUGGUCCAGGUCACUGCCCUGGACAAAGAUAAAGGCGAGAACGCGGAACUACACUACUCCAUUGAUGCAGGGAACACUGGAGAUGCAUUCUAUAUUGAACCAGUUCUGGGUAUCAUCACUGUUGCACGUGAUCUGGACUUGUCCAGCAUAGGCCAUUAUGUUCUCACUGUUAGAGCUACUGACAAUGGCUCCCCUCCUCUGUCAACCACUACUAUAGUGCGUAUUGCUGUCACUCUCUCGGACAACGCUGGCCCGAAGUUUCCUCAGCCUGAGUACCAGGCUGAGAUCACAGAGAAUGCCGUCGUCGGGACCUCCGUCACUACAGUCAGUGCAGUCAGCCAGUCUACCCUCACAUACGACAUCAAGCAGGGCAACACCAAUCGUGUUUUUCAGAUAAAUCAGUACAGUGGAGUGAUUACUACUCAAAAACCUCUAGACUAUGAGACUACAGCAUCUUACACCCUGAUAGUCCAGGCUACUAACAUGGCUGGUAUGGCCUGCAAUGCUACUCUGUUAAUCCAGGCAGUAGAUGAGAAUGAUAACCCACCAGUUUUCCAGCAGCUUCACUAUCGUGGCAGCAUCAGCGAGGCAGCACCAGUCAACAGCGUGGUCUUAAACUUAGAUGAUUCACCUCUGGUAAUCAAGGCCACUGAUGCUGACCGCAACCAAAAUGCUUUGUUGGUCUACCAGAUUGUUGAGGACACUGCAAAAAUGUUCUUCACAGUGGACUCAGGAACUGGCUCCAUCAGAACCAUUGCUAAUCUAGACCAUGAAACAAUGGCAACCUUCCACUUCCAUGUUCAUGUGAGGGACAAUGGCAGGCCACAAUUGACAGCAGACAGUCCAGCUGAAGUCACAAUACAAGUGAUUGACACAAAUGAUUCACCACCUCGCUUCACCCAGAAUGCCUACGAAACAGUCCUGUUACUCCCCACGUAUGUGGGAGUAGAGGCUCUGCAGGUUUCAGCCAUAGAUCCUGACCAAGAUGUCUCUACAGAGCUCACUUACUCUCUGACUGAUGGAGUAUUGGAGCACUUUGCCAUCAAACCUUCUAGUGGAGUCAUCAUAGUCAAGCACAACAACUUCUCCAAAGAACGUUUCCGUUUCAGUGUCAAAGUUUCAGAUGGGAAAUUCUCCAGCAUGGCUUUGGUAACCAUUCUUGUCCGAAAAGCUCUGGACUCUGGUCUCAGCUUCACCCAUAGCCUUUACUCUUCAUCUAUUCAAGAAAAUGUAUCCAAUAUCACCAAAGUGGCAGUGGUCAAUGCUGUGGGAAACUAUCUUAAUGAACCAUUGAAGUACACUUUGUUGAAUGCUGGUACACGCUUCAGAAUCCGUCCAACUUCUGGUGUGAUCCAAACUACAGGUAUACCCUUUGACCGUGAAGAGCAAGAGUUUUAUGAACUCGUUGUCGAGGCGAGAAGGGAACACGACUGUCAGCAUGUGGCCAGAGUUAUGGUUAGAGUCCAAAUUGAGGACAUAAAUGAUAAUGUCCCUGUGUUUGUUGGGCUUCCUUAUUAUGCAGCGGUUCAAGUAGAAGCUGAGCCAGGAUCACCCAUUUUCAGGGUAAUGGCAGUAGAUAGUGACAAAGGGAUUAAUGGAGAGGUGUCUUACUAUCUCAAGGAUGACCAUGGCCACUUUGAGAUCAACCGACAGACAGGCAGCCUCAGCCUCAAGAGGGCUUUUGAGUCUGACUUGUCCAAUGUGGAAUACCAGAUAGUGAUAUAUGCCAGAGAUGGUGGUUAUCCACCUCUUUCAUCUACUAUAGAGUUCCCCAUCACUGUAGUCAACAAAGCCAUGCCUGUCUUUGACAAAUCAUUUUAUUCUGUUUCUGUGAAUGAGGAUGUGGCUGUGCACACCCCUAUCCUUGGCAUCAAUGCCACUAGUCCUGAAGGUCAAAACAUCAUCUACACUAUUGUUGAUGGAGAUCCAUCUCUUCAGUUUGACAUUGGUUUUGAUACUGGAGUCAUAAGUGUCAUCCACUCUUUGGACUACGAAGCAGCGUCAUCUUACCACCUGACCAUCAGAGCCACAGACUAUCUGACUGGUGCUCGUGCUGAGGUUGAUGUAGACGUGGUCAUCCAGGAUAUAAAUGAUAAUCCACCUAUCUUCCAGAAUAUGUCUUACAAAGUAGUUUUGUCUGAAACAGCCAUGAUUGGAACUCCAGCACUUCAAGUUAUUGCCACUGACAAAGAUUCUGAGAAGAACAAUGUUGUCCGCUACCAGAUCUUCUCAGAUGCGCAUAACAACACAGACUACUUUCAUAUUGACAGUAGCAGCGGAUUAAUCCUCACAGCACGUAUGCUUGACCAUGAACUAGUCCAGAAGUAUGACUUCAUUGUUAGGGCCACUGAUAAUGGCUUCCCACCAUUGAGUAGUGAAGUAUCAGUCAUAGUUGUGGUGAAUGACAUGAAUGACAAUCCUCCAGUUUUCAACCAGCUGCUCUAUGAGGCAUACGUGAAUGAGUUAGCACCUAGGGGUCACUUUGUAACCUGUGUCCAGGCCUCAGAUGCUGACAGAUCUGAUUUUGACAAGUUGGAGUAUAGCAUUUUGUCAGGAAAUGAAAGAAUGAACUUUGUAAUGGACAAAAAGACAGGAAUCAUCACAUUAUCCAGCCACCGUAAGCAAAGAAUGGAACCUGCCUACAGCCUCAAUGUUUCAGUGUCUGAUGGGGUGUUCACCAGCACUGCACAGGUUCAUGUUAAGGUGUUGGGGGCCAACCUGUAUAAUCCGGUUUUUGGACAGAAUAUGUAUGAGGCAGAGUUAAGAGAGAAUUCUGCUGUGGGAACCAAAGUUCUACAGGUGAAGGCAACAGAUGCAGACCCUGGGGUGUUCGGUCACAUCAUUUAUUCCUUUGUUAACGAUGUGGGCAAGGACCAAUUUUAUAUUGAUUCAAGUGGUCAGAUCACUACUAUAGAAAAGCUUGAUCGUGAGGACCCAGCCAAUAAGGACAUUGUUUUGACAGUAGCGGCCCAGGACUCAGGUGGACGUGUCUCUUACUCUACAGUACAAGUUUCUCUGCUGGAUGAUAACGAUAAUGUACCUCGCUUCCGUGCCACAGAAUACAGAGCUUCAGUCAAAUCAGAUGUGCCUAAAGGUUUUCUGGUGACGCAGAUUCAGGCGUAUGAUCCUGAUGAUGGCACAAAUGCCAAAGUGACAUAUUCACUUUACAGCGAAGCACAUGUCCCUGUGGUAGACAUUUUGGAGAUAGACCCAGACAAUGGUUGGAUGGUAACUAAAGGUAGCUUCAGCCACCUGAGGAACUCUGUAUUAUCUUUUUUUGUAAAGGCUGUGGAUGGAGGAAAUCCAGUCCGGCACUCUCUAGUGUCUGUCUACAUCCAUGUUCUUUCUCCAGACGCUUUCAUUCCUUCCUUCAGCCAACAUCAGUACCUCUUUAGCAUGCCAGAGGACACCCCCAUAGGUUCAGCGAUAGGGGCAGUGCGCCUAAAUGCUCCUCCUGGAUAUACUUCACUGUCGGCUACCUUUUCCCUGGUUCAUGGAGAGACUGGAGAAAACAAUCAAGAUGGGAUGUUUGUGGUGGAAAAGGAUACAGGUGUGAUCAAGCUUGAUAAGACCUUGGACCAUGAGGUGAUCAAAGGAUACCAUUUCAAAGUCACUGCCACCGUACAACAGGCUAAGCUUGAUUCUGUGACUUCUGUCGAUGUUGAAGUGAAAGUGUUGGAUCUAAAUGACAACAAACCAGCCUUUGAGGCCAACUCCUAUGAGGCCACAGUUAUGGAAGGAAUGUCAAUUGGAACCAGAAUCAUUCAAGUCCAAGCCCUGGACCCAGACUCAGGGGCCAAUGGUCAGGUAACAUACAGUCUUGGGGCAUUAAUUCAGUCAGAAGGGGAUUCAGACACAUUGGUUGGCACCUUUAGCAUUGACAGCAACACAGGCUGGAUUUCCACACGCAAGGACCUGGACCAUGAGACCAGCCCUUCCUACACAUUCACAGUGGUGGCCUCAGACCUUGGGGAGACCCUCUCUCUUUCCAGUACCACCACUGUGACCAUAGCAGUGUCAGACAUCAAUGACAACCCACCCAGGUUCCUGGAGCAACACUACUUUGGUUCAGUUCAGGAGAGCGACCCGCCAGGUGAGGUGGUAGCUGUGCUGAACACCAGAGAUGAUGACAGCUCUGCCAUUAACCGACAAGUCAGCUACCACAUUACAGGUGGUAACUAUCGUGGUGUGUUUGCAUUGGGUCUGGUUCAGGGUGAAUGGAAAAUGUAUGUGAAGUGGCCACUGGACAGGGAGGAACACAACCUCUACAUAAUCAACGUCACUGCUAGCGAUGGACUCUUUGUUUCCCAAGCAAUGGUGGAGGUGACAGUAAUAGACACCAAUGACAAUAGCCCCAUCUGUGACCAGGCUAUGUACACUGCCUCCAUUCCAGAAGACCUGCCAGUCAACAGUGUGCUGCUGAGGGUUGGAGCUACAGAUGCAGAUAUUGGCAUCAAUGCCUGGAUCCAGUACUCCUUACAUGGUCCUGGAUCCCAGGACUUCAGCAUGGACCCGGACACCGGUGAGAUCAAGUCAUCUGUGUUUCUGGACCGUGAGAUGACACCCAACUACCGGCUGGUUGCCCAGGCAACUGAUGGUGGUGGGCGGUGGUGCCAUGCUCAGGUGCAGCUGGUAGUGACCGAUGUGAAUGACAACCCGCCUAUCUUUACCCUGUCUAAGUACACCGCCAGCGUCUAUGAAGAUACCGCCACAAAAGCCCUGCUCACCCGCAUCCAGGCCAUAGACCCUGAUGAAGGUGGCAACAGUGACAGUGUGUUUGACAUAGAGAAGGCUGUGGGCACCAUCAUCAUUGCCAGGCCUCUGGAUGCUGAACAGUGCUCCUUCUACAACCUGACGGUGCAGGCCACAGACGGCACCAACACUGCAUACACACAGUCGUUCGAGACGCUUCGUAGCAGCUACCGGGCUAGCCAGCGCUUGCCGACGCGAGGGGGAGAGCCCAUACUAAUCCACAGCCUGGGCAACGAGGGUCAGCGCAUCUUCCAGACUCUCGGACCCCGCGCCGAAAUACGCGGACUGCAUCACCUACUGGCUGACAUUUCGCCGCCCGCCAGACGUCAUGGUCCGGCGAAUUAUCUUCCGCCAACGCCGACAGCGGCCGGCCGAGUCGGUCCACCAGUACGUCGCGACCUCCGGUGUCUGGCCAGCCUCUGUAAGUUCGACGCUUUAGAAGACGAAAUGAUCCGAGACCAGCUAGCAGAGCAUACAGUUGAUCCUAAGCUACGUGAGAAACUGUUCAUUGGCGCCGGACGACCUGCCAUUGUCAAAGGCGGUGGAAUUAGCCUUUCAGCUUGA